AUGCGAGCUUAUAAAGCUCGCAUUUGGAGAAUGCGAGCUGAGAUACCUCGCAUUCAAGAAAUGCGAGGUACUCAAUCUUCUUGCUCCAUUUGCUGGUCUCAUUCUGUCAGUGUUGAUGGUCUUCGCCUCUUCGGUCAAGAACUUCUGUAUAAAGUUGCAGGAAACACUAAAUACAUGAAGCAAAAUAGCAAAGUUCUUUACUCUGAUGAGUCCCCUAUGUUCUUCAAAGUGUAUACGGACCAACUAUGCUCUUCACAAUUGAAAAUUCCACCAGAAUUUGUCAAGAAAUUCAAUGGAGAUGUACCUCAGACAUUCACACUUGAGGGUCCUCAGGGAAGAUCUUGGCAGAUUGUAGCUGGCAAAGUUGACGAAUACUUCUAUUUCCAGGAAGGUUGGCAAAAUUUUGUGGAAGAUAACUCCUUGGAGAAUGACGAUUUUCUCACUUUCAGCUAUGGUGGUUGCUCAAGAUUUUACGUUGAAAUAUUUGGCAAACACGGGUGUAGAAAAGAAGGUGCUUUCACUAUUUGGAAUGAUGCAAUGCAUAGGAAUGAAAACGCAGUGGAACAGCUCCAUGGCAAGUUGAACAAUACUACUCAGCCAAUGGGAAGAUCGUUACGUUCCCGGACAAGGGGUUCAUGUUCAGAGAUUGGUCUAGCUGGUAAAGUGCAGGACAACAUGAGACACCAUUCUGGUCCAUUUAGAGUUCAACUGACAAAAACUUAUACUAACAGAUAUGUGAAGUUUCCUCGAGAUUUUGGAAAUGUUAAAAAGCAUUGGAAGAAAGGAAAAGGUGCCCUUUUGCGGGUUCAGGCAAGAGAAUGGAAGGUGAGCAUAGCGAAAAGCGGGAGAUAUUUUCAUCUUUGUACAGGCUGGUCCUCUUUUGUAAAAGAGAAUUCUCUGAAAAUAGGAGAUGAGUGCAAUUUUGAGGUGAUAGACAACAACGAUGACGGCAUUGUGCUCGAAGUUACUAUGUCGAGAUGCCCAGAUAAGAUAGAAUGAGCUUCUGUGCCCUUUCCUAGGACUAGUAGCAAGUUCUCCAGAAGGAAUGGUUUUCUUUUUUUUCUCUUUUCUUUAUCUGUUUUUGGGUAAUGGAGGAUUAAAGAAAGGCAAAGCUUCAGAUAA